CAGUAAUAUUAAAAAGCUGCAACUGCAAGCAAGCAGUACCCAUCUUGCUAACUUUUGCUUUCUUGCAAUACCCACUUCAAAAAACUGUCAUCUUUGAUCAGUCAGUUUUGACUUUUAUGGUUCAUCUAUGGUGAUUGGUGAAAUAAAGAAAAAAUGAUUGAGAUUAUUGAUGGUUUUAUGCAAAAUUCAUUUAGCCAUUUAAAGCCAUUUUACACCAAGAUUUUCAUUUUUAUCAAGAGAUUAAUAAAAGGGCAUUGUAAAUUAUGGAGCUUUCAAUCAUUCAAUGGAGUUUUUGCAGUUGGUUCAUUAUUUCUGUCAUUCCUUGUAGCCAUGGCAUGUGCUUAUUUAUUUUUGUUCCCAAGAUUUCAGCUUCAUGAUUUUGAGGUUUCUAAGUCCGGUAAUGGAUCUGUUAAUGAGUGUAACGUUUUUAGAGGAAGCUGGAUCCGAGAUGAAACUUACCCUCUUUAUAAUGCUUCACAAUGUCCUUUUGUGGAGCAAGGAUUUAAUUGCUUGGCUAAUGGCAGAAUAGAUAGAGGUUAUACAAAAUGGAGAUGGAAGCCUAAGGAUUGUGACAUCCCAAGAUUUCAUGUGCAGCAAACUCUUGAAAAAUUGCGUGGGAAACGGAUUGUUUUUGUUGGCGAUUCAUUGAGUAGAACGCAAUGGGAGUCUUUGAUAUGUAUGCUCAUGACUGGUGUAGAAGAUAAAAGGAGUGUUUAUGAAGUUAAUGGGAAUAAGAUCACUAAGCAAAUUAGGUUUUUAGGUGUAAACUUUAGUUCUUUUGAUUUAAGAAUUGAUUUUUAUAGAUCAGUUUUUUUAGUUCAGCCUGGUCCGAGGCCUAGGCAUGCUCCUAAGAGGGUUAAAUCAACUCUCAAGCUUGACAAGUUGGAUGAUAUUAGCAACGAGUGGAUUGAUUCAGAUGUUCUAAUAUUCAAUUCAGGGCAUUGGUGGACACCAAGUAAACUUUUUGAGAUGGGUUGUUAUUUUCAGAUUGGUGGUUCGCUGAAGCUUGGAUUGCCUACGACAGCUGCCUUCAGAACAUCGUUAAGCACUUGGGCAUCCUGGGCUGAGAAUUUCAUCAAUGCAAACAGAACAAAAGUCUUCUUUCGUACUUUUGAAUCUUCCCAUUGGAGUGGCCGGAACCGUCUUUCUUGUAAAGUGACAAGGCGGCCUUCGUCAAAAGCAGGAGGGAAGGACCGUAGCCCAGUUUCAGACAUAAUACUCAAAGAAGUUGAUAAAAUGUCACUUCCUGUUACAGUUCUACAUGUGACGCCUAUGGGAGCAUUCAGGAGCGAUGCACACGUCGGUGCAUGGAGCGACAAUCCACUGGUGCCUGAUUGUAGCCACUUUUGUCUACCCGGAGUACCUGAUAUGUGGAAUGAAAUUCUAUUGUCAUAUCUGAUGUCCGAAUAAUAAUUCUUUUCGGCUCUAUCUUCCGUGCUCAAGUGAAUCCUGCUGGAAUUGUGGGAGCUUCUAUCCGUCUAACUUCAGCUUACUCGAAAUCGUAAGGGACAUAAAGUUCAAGAAAAGUUGCCAAUAAGCAAUUCAUGAAAUCUUUAAAAUACUUUGUAUCUUGUUAGUCAUUUUUUUAGGCGUAAUUGAUGAUCGUGUUCUGUUUGAAAUGUUUGUAAUGGUGAUAGAGUCUGAUACAUUCUUGAAAUUGAUUUUUUUUUUUGAAAAGCAAAUUUUCAAUGUAAAUUUCUGUAUUGAGAACACAUGUGAAAUCUGUGUGAUGACACUUUCUCCACA